AGUGCGGACCGUUAUUCUAACUCUAGUGUUAUGCGAUGUGAUUUGAACUUCUUUGGACGAUUUCUUUUCGCUGGACGUUAAAGCCGCACAUUUAUCUGCACAGUAGAUCAGGGAAGGAGAGCUCCAGGACGCAGGGGAUAGGGGAUAACACACGUUCGGGAUCUAAAAGGCAAAAUGAGGCGGUUAGUUGUAAUAUACAUUUGGCUGGCGAGGGAUUUUCUGCUCGUCCUGAGUGUUGGUAUGAAGGACGCACCGAGGCUUGGAUCCAAAAACACUCCGAGGCUUCUGAGCAGAGGUACAGUCAAAGGUGGAUUUGACUACCCAGACCCCCAGAAACACAGUGUCCUCUUUUACCAUGAGGAAUCUGCGGACAUGUAUGUGGGAGGCACUGACUUUGUGUUAAAACUAAACAUGGAUGACAAUAACGUCAAAGAGAAAUUCCUUCUGAAAACAUCAGGCCAACAGCUGUGCAAAGAGGGCUCCUGUGAAAAUGUCAUCACGGUUAUUGAGAUGUUCCAGGAAAGCAUUUUUGUCUGUGGAACGAAUGGACUCAAACCACAGUGUUGGAAACUAUUUUCAUCAGUGAACAAUCAAUCUCACGAAAUAGUGGAGAGUUAUGAGGGAACAGGGAUCUCUCCAUCUGUGUACAACCAAAACUCCCUGUCCCUCACAGUAGACGGGGAUCUCUACGCUGCAGCUUCUGUGGAUAACGAUAGAAGUUCAUUACAAUUCAGAAGGAAAGCUGGCGGAAGAGCUAAUGUCUGGAUGUAUGACAACUGGGUCUCAGAGCCCACGUUCAUCUCUGCCUCCUGGGUGAAGCGAAUUGAAGACCCAGACCAAGAGAAGAUUUACAUCUUUUUCCGGGAAAAGAACUCGGACCAUAGCCCAGAGGCUGACCCCUGGAUAUCUAGGGUCGCCAGAGUUUGCAAGGUGGAUGAAGGCGGAUCAAAAAGAUUCUUCCAGAACAUGUGGACAUCUUUCCUGAAGGCUCGUCUCGUCUGUGGGUUUCCAGAAGAGUCUCUCUAUUUCAACCGUCUCCUUGACAUUUUUGUGAUUCACGCUGACGACUGGCGCAACACCAGAGUCUACGCCCUUUUCUCAAGCAGCUGGAACUCAACAGCAGUUUGCAUCUUCUCCAUGGAAAAGAUUGAAGAAAUAUUUGAGAACUCAACUUUCAAAGGCUACGACAAAGAAAUUCCCAAACCACGGCCGGGAACUUGUGUGAAAAACAGCAAGAGUCUGCCGCUGCCUACAGUCAAAAUGGUGAAGGACUACCCGGAGAUGACUGAAUGGGUUCACUCUGUGCAAUACACAGCUCCAUUUUAUAUCAGCAGAAACAACUACACCAAGCUAGCAGUGGACCAAGUCCAAGCUGUGGACAAGCACAAGUAUAACGUCCUGCUUCUAGCCACGGACUCCGGAAAGGUCCAUAAAAUCCUUGAGGCUGGAUCUGAAGCUUUUAUCAUCUCAGAAACACAACUCUCCAACAGUUCAACUGUACAAUCAAUGAAACUUGACUCCAAGAAGAAAAAGUUAGUCGUGGGGUUUUCAGAGAAAGUCUCCAUCAUGGACCUGCAGAGGUGUCAGCAGUACAACAACUCCUGUGCUGAAUGUGUUUUGGCCCGGGACCCUUACUGUGCCUGGACUCGGUUUGGAUGCAACUCCACUGUUCAUGGAGGCAUUCAGAAUAUCAUGAAUGGGCAAACUACUGUGUGCUUUGAAUCCUUAGAAGAACCGAAGACAGUAAACCGGACCAAACGGGAUAUAGUUUCGUCACCGGAGAAUUUGACAGCAGUUCAUUCAGUUCCCCUGGGUGUCCCCUUCUACCUCUCGUGCCCCAUAGACUCUUACCAUGCUGACUACACCUGGGAGCACAGAGACCAGAUCAGCCCGUGUCUGCAGAUGCAGUCUAACUGCCUGCACCUCAUUCCUGCCAUGGCACAAGAGAACUACGGCGGCUACGAGUGUGUUUCCAAAGAGAAAGACUACAGAAAAGUGGUGAUAAAAUAUCAGCUUACGGAGCAAUUGAUCGCAGACACAAAGAUGGGGAGCGACAGCUCUCACAACAUAAAUGAUGCAUCGGCUGCUGUGUCACAGACAAUACUGAUCAUUCUAGCACUGGCUGCAGAAAUGUUGCACUAAGUACUUUUUAUUCUAUCAGCAAUAAUUCUCAGGCUUUGGGUCUCUGCAGGAGAGAGUCCGACCAGGAUGCAGGCGGCGCUAAAGGAAUUGUGCAGUAACAUCAACAAAGCUCAACAAGGAACACUCCCGCUGUGAUCCUAAAACCUUCUUAAUGCAACUGCUCACAUAGUACAUCUGCUUUGCAGAAAAGCUAGGGUAGUUCAGUUAAGUGGAGUUUCUUAAGAGAAACCAGAACAGGAACAGGAUGCAAGAUGCCGCUUUGUUCUGAGGCGCCCUAAUGGUGUUUGUUUAGAGCUUGACUUGAGCAUGAAGCAUUAAGCCCUGCAACUUUUCAGCGAUAACUUAUCUUUCUUCCAAGACAAGGAAAUAACAGAGGGUUUAAGAAGGAAUCUGAUGGAAUGUCUUUUAAGUGUGACACUCAUACCCAGAGUGAAUAAGCUCCCAGUCACACGGCCACAGAUAAUAUGCAGUGAUUGGGUUUGGUGUAUUUCUAAGCACGGCACAUAUAGAGGCCAGCUCUAUCUCCUUCUCUACUUCAGCAGAGCUCAGGAAAAUGUCAUGUUCCUGUUUGAAUUUCCUCUGUGCCCCCUAUAGGGAAGUAAAUGGUAAAUUGUCUGUAUUUAUAUAGAGCUUUUCUAAUCUUGAUGACCACUCAAAGCGCUGUACAGAACAUAUUUCCCUUCAUCAACUCACACUGUGCAUCUAUGGGCAGCCCUUUCUCUAUGAGAAGGGCGCAGCCUCUAGGGGGAAUUUUUGGUUUAGUAUCUUGCCCAAGGACACUUUGGCAUUAUCCAGAAAGGAAGCUAACAUAUAUCCCGGUAAUGCUUUUAGAGCUGUAGAGAUGAAGGAAGGGAUAUGAAUCAGGAAGGUCCCGUCGAUUAAUUUGCUUGAGCAAUCGUGAGUCAGUCACAGCUGUCAAUCACUAUGUUUUUUAUAGCAUCAAAUAACUAAUUAAGAACAAACUUACUGGAAAAUGAUCACUUGAGUCAAUAACUACAUAAAAUGACAGGAACAAUUUGUGAUAAUGGUCCAUUUGCCAUCCACUUACAUGGAGGAGGAAACAUUUAUGACAGCAGUGAACCACCAGAUGGUGAUCAGUCCACUUUGGCUUUACUUCACGGGAGCCGUCAUGUCGUCCAUCAUCAUAAAAUCUAUGGUUUUAACAGUCAGUGUCAGCAAGCUGCUUGAAAAAUGUACAACUCCUUCUGGAAGGCACAUCAACUUUGGCCAAAACCUGUUAAUGUCACUGAGUUCUAUUAAAAUACAGAAACGGGGAUCAACAUUA